AAUGGCUAGAGCUUCUAUUAAUUCCACUACUGAUUUAGAUAUUAUUCUUAUUGGUAAAUCUGGGAAUGGAAAAAGUUCAACGGGUAACUCUAUCCUUAGACGAGAGAAUAUUUUUGAGCCCAGUUUCAACAUGGAUUCUGUAACAAAAAUACCACAGUUUGAAUGGAGUGAAUUUGAGGGCAGAAUUUUACAGGUCAUUGACUCACCUGGUGUUUUAGAUACGUGUGAGGAUGAGGAAGGGGGAAUAACUCUGGUACACAACGCCCUACAGAACGCCAUGUUAGCGAACCCAAAAGGCUAUCAUGCGUUUCUUGUUGUACUGAAGUUUGGAAAUCGUUUCACAAUAGGGGAGCAGCAAACGGUUCAAAUUCUGAAAGGAAUUUUAGGCGAGAACUUCCUUAAAGACUACGGUAUUAUUGUAAUGGCAAACGGGGAAACUUUUGAACAAAACUGUCGAAAAGAUAAAACGCUGAGCCUCAAAACAUUUUGUGCUGAUCAAAGAGGCCCCUUUAAAAGUAUCCUUGAGGAAUGUAACAACAGAAUCGUUGUGUUUAGUAACCUAACGCAAGAUGAGAAUGUGAAGAACAGACAAGUUCAACAGCUGAUUGCAAUGGUUGAUGAAUUGGAAAACGAUGGUCGCAGAUACACAAACGAACACUUUAAAAGAGCUGAUAAGUUUUACCAGCAUCUCCUUGUUUCAACAUCGAUACCAAUGCUAACCAAACAAACCCUAAAAGAACAAAGCUUGAUAAUGCAAGCAAUAAAAGCUAUUGAAACUUUGCCAGAGCAAAGUGAAAAGAUUGAUUCAUUGGAAAACAUUCUGCCAAGACUUGAAAAAUUAAUAAAUAGCUUGAAAGAGAAAGAUAGGGAAACUGGUAAACUGGUGGAUUUUAUAACAAAUGCAAACGACACCAAAGAUUUGGUAAAUGCUCUUUUACAACUGUAUAAAAGCAAAAGUAGCAAGCAAGCAACGCCAGAAGUCUUAAAUAGUUUGAAUCAUCAAGCAAUUGAAAUAGAAUGUACACGACAAAAUCUGCAUCAGAAAAUGAAGAAAUCAUUUUUUGAAAAAUUUAGAGACAUCCUAAAACGAUUUGGUCCUUUUAUUUUUGGCUCAGCUGAAAUUUUAGCUAAUGUUCUUUUAGCUUUAUUUAGUUGAUUGCAUCAACAACGUACCAAUUCAAAUAAUUGUAUUUUUAUAAUCUAGUUAGCAUCAGGUUUGUUUUUUCAUUUUCAAAUAAUAACAUAAAACUUUGUUUUUGUGUACACAAAUAGCAAAAAUGUGUAUUUAUUUGCAACUUGCCAUUGUUGAAUGAAUAUUCUUUGUUUUCUUGAAUUUUUUUGUAAUAAUUUAAUUAAUUAGAAAUUAAGUAGCCAAUUUAUGAUGUUCAUGACCUGAAAAUGACAAGUUGUGUUUGAAUCUAGGUGGUUUUUUUUUUAAAUUAAUAUAAAAAACGUCUUAAAUUUAACUAAAAAAAUUUACAUGUUAGAACUAGUGUCCACGUUGUAAUUAUUAUUGAUACAGACAAAACAUUUGUCGCUCACAACUGUUUCUUUUGGCUAAUUUUUAAUUCGUGGAGGUUGAUUAAGUUAAAGCUAAAAAUUAUUUUAAAUAUGUGUCUCCAACGGCAAAGAAAAAUAUUUUGUUUAGAGGCUAGUUUUUAAGAAAAACACUUGAUAUUUAAAUUAAAACAUUUUUGGAAACAAAACGUAGCAAAUG